UCGAUUCCAAAGUAUAAUACUAACGACUUCCUUAACAAACAAAAUAAUAAUAAAUAGUUAAGAUGUUUUUCCCUUUUGUGCUUUUGUUGUUGACUUGUUUAGCUAGUUCCAGUCAUUCAGAGGUUUCAGGAUCUAGUCCAUCUAUGGAAAAACAUGAAAACCAACAGGCAGAAACCUCCACCGACUACGACAACAGGCAAAGACGAUUGAGAAGGGACCUCAACGACUUGAAAGAUGGAAAUGACAUCUUCGAUGAUAACUCAGGAAUGCAUCCAUUAGAGCUCGAAGUUGAAGGCAUUCCACAGCCAUUGCUGAUGUUUUUGCAGAAAAUGUGUCAACUUCAAGCUAAACCCCUUCGAAUGAAAACCCCCCGACUUGGCAGAACCAUCGACUUUGACAGCGAUGACGAACGAAUGCGACUACCUUUUGGCUCAGGCAGAAUCAACAAGAAGAACGUCCCCUUCAAACCAAGACUUGGCAAACGGACAUGCCUGUGUGAUAACAAUUAAUUUUUAAACUUUUAUUAACAACUCAAUAAUGUGUUAGCUGUAUAAAGAUAAAAAAAACUUUUAAAUGCAUUAAAGCAACCAACCGAUGCGGGACUCGAGGGUUUUUCUUUUCAAUAUU